GCGGCAUGGCGGCGUUGGCCCGCGAGUGUAGAGCGUCUUGAUACUCCUUGGAGAGUUGGGACGCCUUUUCCCCCCCCUUUUCCCACACGCUUUUCACCACUCCGUUUGCUUCAUUUCCACUUCCCUCCAUUCUACGUCUGUCCCCCACUCCGGUCCUGCACGAACAAUCGACUCCCCUUCCAGGACCAUGGGCACGGAAACACCACCGCCAGCUCCGACUGAGCAUAGCAUCAUGUCCAGGAGGAGACCUCCGUCGCUCGAGAGUCUGCCGCUCGAAUGCAUCCAGACGAUUCUCGAGAACCUCGCCCUCGACUGCCAUGCUCUCUACAGCCUCCUCCUCAUGAACCGGUCCUGGUUCCAGAUGGUGAUCCCCUUCCUUUACCGGAGUCCCAUGGCCCUCAUUGACGCCACCUGGCCAAAGCUCUCGUCGUACUCUCAGAUCCUCAAAAAGGAUUUGCCACCACCGCCCACCCCUGCUUCGCCCUCACUCUCUCCUGCCGCUGUCGUCGCCACAGACUCGCAGCAGUUAUCGAAACCCAUAACGGAUGAACUGCAGACCAGCUCUCAGACAGGAUCUUCCUCGGAUGCGAUAGAUUCAGGAUCUCGCCCUGGAAGAAGCCUCAGUAGCAUCCGACGGACCAGCACCACAUCUUCCAACGGCGGUGGAGGCGGUAAUGGAGGCGCAGGAUACGGAUUCGGAUACGCGUUUCGGACACCCAGUCGAAGCAGCAGUCAUAGUAGCACCAGGUCCUGGGUCGGAGAUGCAUUUUACUAUGGCAGGAACGAUGCCGUCCUCCAGAAGGAUCAGCGCGAACGACUCGUCAAGCGGAAAAAGAUGCAGGUCCUCUGGGUACUCCUCAACUGCACCCUCUCCGAGGACGAACACGAGGCUUGCUUGGCUGUCGCGUCCACCACUACUACUACUACCACAAGGGGUGAAACUGACGAUGACAACAAUGAUCAACAUGAAAAACACCGCAAGACCAUCGCAUCAUCAACCAUACUUUCUCAGGAUUUGAACCAGGACCUCGAUAUCGACCUCGAAUACUUCCGCCCUAUGAUCGAUUACCUCACCUACUACACACAUUUCCACCAUCCAGGACUUCGCUUCAUCAUCUGGAAACUCUUUCCCAACAUUGAUGACGCCUUCACAAUUGAAUGGCGUCUCAUUAACCACUGCCCGGAGCGCAUUCGAGAGCUCUUUCUCGAAAGUGUUCAGCUUCAGGAUAUGGUCCCCCUGGUUUCGAAACUGAAAACACUCCACCGGAUCAAGGCCUGUCACGAAUCUUGGGAUGUGAAUCGGUCGAUCGAGUUUAUGAGGCGACACAACCAGCUCUUUGGCACGGUCCGAAUGCUCGAAUUAGAGGCCUAUUUGCCGGACAAGCACGACACGGUCAUGGACGAUAACCUGAGUGAUCUCAUCUCUCAAGUCGAACAUUUGAAAAUUCUGGAGCUUGCGGGAUUCGAGUCGUUACGGGCGCAGUUGGAUCUGAUACCUCGGGAGAACUUGAAGGUCUUAAGACUGAACUGUGGGACUCUAAGCCCUGAGUUUGCGCCCAACCCUAUGGGCUUCGAGCCACCACAUGCAGCGGCGGAAUCACAAGGCGAGACAUCAGGACCAGAUUCGAAUAAGGAGAGCAGGAUGUCCGUGAAUACGUUCUUAAGUCAGUGUCGUCAACUGGAAGAGCUGCUACUCGAUCCGGUCGACGAGAACAUGCUGGAAUGGGCGGUGAAAGAGCGCAGGGAUUUUGAGGCCGGCCUGCUGUCCUCAGUCCCAAGCUCCCCGUCGGUCUCCAACAAUCUUGCCCACAGCCCGAUGCCCUCUCUAGUCCCACUUAAGAUCCUCGAACUCUCCGGAUCCGACAGCGAACAUGUCGCCACCACAAUCUCUCAAGCAGCUGAGGCCUUUCAAGACACACUCGAGGUCAUCAAGGCCAACUCCUUCUCCUACAAGACCAACCGCACCCUCCGAAACCUCUCCUGGAGAUGUCCCAUGCCUCGGUUACGCGUCCUCAAGGUCGUAGGGCGAUCGAACCUGCCGCUUGAUUUCCGGUCGCUUCAAUACUGUCCAGCACUCCGUGUCCUAGACCUAUCAAAAUAUUCGGGGAUGCGCGCCUGUUCUGAGGCGCUGCUGUUGAACUUAAAGUACUUGACUCAGCUUGAGUACCUGGGACUCUCUAGCUUUGAUCAUUUGACGGAUUCAACCUUGAGGACGAUAUUGGGAUGCAUGCCGAGACUGAAGCACUUGAGGCUCGCGAUCGGGGACUCGAGCGUAUCGUCAUCAUCGGCUUUGGCGUCCAGUUCCAUUUCAUCCGCAGCAUCUCCGUCCUAUAAUAACACUGCUAAUAACAGUACAACAGUCGAGGGUAACAAAACUUUGGGAAGCCCAUGGAGAUCAUCAGGCGUGUUGGGUCCUGGUUCAGGAGCCGGUAGCAGGAGUAGCACAAGCGCCAGUGGUAGUGGCAGCAGUAGCAGUGCAGACAUGUUUCCCCGUUCGCCCUUCGCAGCGUUGUCGCUCUCCUCGUCCUCAACCGCGCCAUCGACAACCUCUCCGGCGACCAGUUCAUCUGCGGUCUCUCCAAUCCUCUCCGCACAGCAGCAACAGCAGCAACAAGCCCCACAACAGUCUUCAGGCUCCAUGUACAUCAUCACCGGCCAGAUCCAGAACCAGUAUUCCCAAUACAGCUACCACCACCCGCCGCCUCCACUGCCAUCGACCUCAACAGCUCCCUACAGUGGCAACCUCAUUAACAACAGCCACAGCACCACCAGCCUGGGCGGUCUUGGCGACAUGGCCUCCUCCGCAAGAUCGACUUCCUCCCUCAUGGAUCGGUUCUAUAUGGAGAACAAUUAUCUUUCGCUCGAAGGCAUUCUCGAUGCGAUCGAUGGACUGUCGUCGGACUCAAAGUGUCAGCUCGAGAAGCUCUCGAUCGUCUUGGGCAAACUCGAAUUCGAAGAGCAUUAUCGACGACUGGAGUUGUAUAAUCAGCAGCAUCAGGAUCUUGAGAUUACAGUAUACCGAUAUGCGCAUGCUGUUUGAACAUACUUUUCUUUGUAAUAAACGAGAUCGACACGUCGUCCACUCUCUAUGGACCU